CCCCAGAUUGCAAAGGAGGUGGCAAAACUCCUGGAGAUGAAGGCGCAGCUGGGAGGAGAUGAGGGAAAACACAAGUUUGUGCUCAAGACCCCGAAGGGCACACGGGACUAUAGCCCCAAGCAAAUGGCCAUUCGUGAGAGAGUCUUCAAUGCCAUCAUCACCUGCUUCAAGCGCCAUGGAGCAGAAGUCAUUGAUACACCAGUGUUUGAGCUGAAGGAGACGCUGACGGGGAAAUAUGGUGAAGACUCAAAGCUCAUCUAUGACCUGAAAGAUCAAGGAGGAGAGCUGCUGUCCCUGCGCUAUGACCUGACAGUGCCCUUCGCUCGCUAUUUGGCCAUGAACAAGAUCACCAACAUCAAGCGUUACCACAUCGCCAAGGUCUACAGGCGGGACAACCCGGCCAUGACCAGGGGCCGCUACAGGGAGUUCUACCAGUGUGAUUUUGACAUCGCCGGGCAGUUCGACCCGAUGAUUCCCGACGCCGAGUGCCUGAAGAUCGUGCACGAGAUCCUGAGUGACCUGCAGCUCGGGGACUUUCUCAUUAAGGUCAACGAUCGGCGCAUCCUCGAUGGGAUGUUUGCAGUUUGUGGUGUCCCAGACAGCAAGUUCCGAACGAUCUGCUCCAGCGUGGACAAACUGGAUAAGAUGCCGUGGGAAGAAGUGAGGAGCGAGAUGGUAGGAGAGAAGGGGCUCUCCCCCGAGGCUGCGGAUCGCAUCGGGGAGUAUGUCCAGCUUCACGGUGGCCUGGACCUGAUCGAGCGGCUUCUGCAGGACCCCAAGCUGUCCCAGAACAAGCUGGCCAAGGAGGGGCUGGGGGACAUGAAGCUGCUGUUUGAGUACCUGACCCUGUUUGGCAUCACAGGGAAGAUCUCCUUUGACCUGAGCCUGGCGCGGGGUCUGGACUAUUACACGGGAGUGAUCUUUGAGGCUGUCCUGCUGCAGCAGGAGAACGACCACGUGGAGGAGUCGGUCGGCGUUGGGAGCGUGGCUGGAGGCGGUCGCUACGACGGGCUGGUGGGGAUGUUUGAUCCCAAGGGCCGGAAGGUGCCCUGUGUGGGGGUCAGCAUUGGGAUCGAGCGGAUCUUCUCCAUCCUAGAGCAGAGAGUGGAGGCCUCUGAAGAAAAGAUCAGGACAACGGAGACACAGGUGCUGGUGGCCUCUGCCCAAAAGAAGCUCCUUGAAGAGCGGCUGAAGCUCAUUGCUGAGCUGUGGGAUGCUGGAAUCAAGGCAGAAGUGCUGUACAAGAAGAACCCCAAGCUGCUGAACCAGCUGCAGUACUGUGAGGAGACAGGCAUCCCCCUUGUUGCCAUCGUGGGUGAGCAGGAGCUCAAGGAUGGAGUCAUCAAGCUGCGGGAUGUGGCCACCAGGGAGGAGGUCAACGUUCGCAGGGAGAGCCUGGUGGAGGAGAUCAGGAUGCGCACGAGCCGGCCCUGAGCCCCCUGGGGACACGUCUCCUUGGUUUGCUGGAUUCCCGCUGAUGCGUCUCCUCCCGUCAAUGCCUCUGCCGGGCCACGGGGGUGUGGGGUCGGGGGGGGUCCUUUGAAAGCUGUAUUUAUUAUUGUCUUGUGCCCUCCCUGUCCCGGUGGGAC